AUGGUUAAAAUGAUGGAUAUAAAAAUUUUAACAGCAUUUUCUAUAUUAUUUAUUUCAUUAAUGGUGUCAAAUGAAUUUUUAGAAUUUCUUGUAAACAUAAUAUAUACAGCCAUUUUAUUUAUCAUUGUAUUAUUUUUUUAUCAAAAUAAACAUCAUUUCAUUGACUCUCCAUCUUCCUCACCCGAAUUAUUCGAUAUUAAUAACACCACCUCCACAACAAUAACUAAUCCAAAUAUUAAUAAAAAAGAAAUUGUAACACUAAUUGAAAAAACACAAGAUGACAGUAUUAUUGUUAAAGAGCAGUCACCAGGAGAGGUUAAAUUAAUAUAUAAUUAUUCAAAAGAAGAUAACGACCAACAAAUUUUAAUAAAACAACUUCAAACAAAGAGCCAUGAUUUAUCAGAGCAAUUAAACAAAUCAGUUGAACGUAGCAGGGAAGAACAAUUGAAAUAUUUCAACGAAUUAAAUAAAUAUCAAAUGGAGAUUAAAGAAUUAAAAAGUAAAAGUGGCGAAUUAUUAAAUUCAAUUGCAAUUUUAAAUAGCACUAUUGAAGGCCAAAGACAAAAUAUUUCUGAUUUGACCAAAGAGCGUGACUCCAUUUAUUUAAGUGAACAAAAAGUAGUUUCAAAAUUGACAGAGUACGAAAAGAAGGAAAAAAAUCAUCAAGAAAAUGAAAAACAAUCAAAUAAAAAGAUUUCAGAGCUCAAAGAUCAAGUAAGCUUGUUUAAAAAAGAAGUUGAUGAAAAAGUAAAAAAAAUUUCAAAAUUAGAAACUCAAGUAACAAAAUUAGAAAAAGAAAAAUCAAAACUUAAUAGUAAUAUUUCAGAUACAUCAUCAAAUUCAUCAGUAGCUUCAUCAUCUUCAGGUUUUAUUCCAUCUUCAUCACCAUCCAAAGGUAUUCCAAUCCCGAUUAGUUCUUCACACAAUAGAUCCAAUAGUAAUGGUAGUAAUAGUGGUUUCGUUGAUGGCAAAUCUUCAGCAUCACCAUCAUCAUCUUAUCUUAGGGAUGCAUCUGCUUCUGAUGAAGACUCAUUCAGUUCCUCUUCCGAGGGUAAGCCAUUCAAAUCAUUAUUUAAUAAAGUAAAAUCAGAAUCCAGUAAAUUUGUAGAAAAGGCUCAAAAAGGUAUUAAUAAGCAUUUGGGAUCCGAUUUCUUUAAUCAACCACCAACAAACAAUAAUGGUACCCAACCUCAAACUCCAACUCAUAAUAACAAUAAUAUUCCACCAGUAAUUAUUAAAGAAUCACCAAAUAAAUCAAACCAAAUUUUAUUUGAUUUAGAAAAUGAUAAAUUAUUAGAUAACGGUGCACAACAAUCAAUUCAACCAACGAAGGUUUCACCAAGAGAUCAAAUUCAAAAAGAACAAUCUUUAUCAGAUUUAUUUAUUAAAUCUUCAAAUGUUAGUUUUUCAAAUUUAGAUAGUUUUUUAACCAAAAAUUCAGAUCAAGAUGUAAAUAAUAGUAAUAAUAACAAUGAAUCUGAAAUUAAUAAUAUUACAACUACAAAUUUGGAUGACUUAAAAUUCGAAGAUUUAAAUAAUAAUAAUAAUAAUAUUAAAGAGGAAGAAAUGGUUAAGGUUGGUCAUAGUACUGCAAAUGAAUCAGAUGUCAGUAAAAUUAAAAUUCAAACUAUUAAAGAGUUUUCAAUUAAAGCAGAUGAAAAUAAGAAUGGUCUCAGAAGAGCUAAAAAGAAACCAUCACCAGGUAGUUCAACAAUGAUGGAAGAUGUUUCAAUUGCUAAAUAUCCAUUCUUCGAGACCGAUGAAGAUUUAGGUUUGUUUGGUGUUUUUGAUGGACAUGCAGGUAGAGGUGCUGCAGACUCAGCUUCAAAACUAUUCCCAUUAGAACUAGAAAAGCUUAUGAAAGAACAAGAUAACUAUUUAGAAGAUGAUCAAUCCCAACUAAUCAACAAGGCUUUUAAGAAUGUAGAUAAUCAAAUGAAAGAUCACGAGUACGAAGGCUGUACAGCAACUAUUUCAUUAAUUUGGAAAACUAAAGAUAAUCAACGUUAUUUACAAGUUGGCAAUGUAGGUGAUUCUUCAGCAUUCCUCUGUAGAAAUGGCCAAGCUAUUGAAUUAACUCUUGAUCAUAAAGCUAAUGAUCCUUCAGAAAAACAAAGAAUGAUCGAUAGUGGCAUACCAGUUGGUGAAAAUCAAACAAGAAUUAAUGGCGUUGCAGUUAGUCGUUCCUUAGGCAACCAUUUCAUUAAAGAACAAAAUAUUGGUAUGAUUUCCGAUCCUCAUAUUUCAAAUUGCUAUUUAUUAACAGAUCAAGAUAAAUUUUUAAUUAUUGCAUCUGAUGGGCUUUGGGACGUCAUUAAAGGACAAGAGGCUGUUGAAAAAUUAUUAGAAAAUUAUAAUAGUUCAUCCGCUGAUUCAAUGGCAUCAUUGUUAUUAGAAAAUGCUGUUCAAUCAUCAAUGUGUAAAGAUAAUGUAUCCGUAAUUGUUGUAAAGUUAUAA